AUGAUCAUAAAAGUCAAUACUACUACUACUACUACUACUACUACUACUACUACUACUACUACUACUACUACUACUACUACUACUACUACUACUACUACUACUACUACUACUACUACUACUACUACUACUACUACUACUACUACUACUACUACUACUACUACUACUACUACUACUACUACUACUACUACUACUACUACUACUACUACUACUACUACUACUACUACUACUACUACUACUACUACUACUACUACUACUACUACUACUACUGAUAAUAAUAAUAAUAAUAAUAAUAAUAAAGAGGGAGUAAACAAUCAUUGUGUAAAUAAAGAAAUAAAUAAACAAAACGUUAAAAUCUUUAUGAGUCAUGAAGUAUUCCAAGAAUAUAGAAGAUAUUUAGGUAGGAAAAAAGUUAUCACAAGUUAUUUACAAAUAAACUUCAUAUUAAAACUUUCUACAUUAUUUCACAUCGAUUCAGGUUGA